AUGAAGCAAAGAGCCAAUCGCUGUCGUUCCCGUCUCCAGUCUUCUCUUGUCGCCGAUGUGCUGGUCUCUCCUUCUCCGAAGGUGGCUGUCUCAUCUUCUAUAGAUGCAUCUGUGCCAUCUGCAGUCGUCACAACAUCCAGUCGAGUUGUGUCUCCUGCCCUUGAGUCUAGUGUGGCUAUGGCUAUUAUUCUGGUUCUGCCUACCGUCGUAGAGUCAUCUCCGUCGCCGUCCCUUCCCGAGGUGGUGACUGGGUCUCUUUCUACCGUCAGUUCCUCCGACAAAGUCCUCCAUGCCCAUCCACCUUCUUCUGUUGGUAAGUCCUCUAAACGCAUUACUCGUUCCUCUGCUGAGUCUGCGUCCUCCCCUGUUCCAUCCUCACCAUUGCCGGCCUCAACCAAACCAUCUAGUCCUUCUCUUAAGUCGCCUAUUAAGCCGUCCUUACCCAAAACCCCCAAGGCUCGGUCUGUCUCCAAACCUGCACCUUCACCUCAAUCCGCACCUCCACCUCAACCCGCACCCCCACCAAAACCAGUACCCCCACCCCAACCCCAACCCAAACCCUCACCCCAACUCAAACCCGCACCUCAUUCACAAUCUACACCAACACCCCCUCCAAAAACUCACCCAACGCCUCUCCCUAAGUCCCAUGCUCCUGUGCGGUCCAAAGGAAAAGCUCAAAUGCAUGAGUCCUCACCUCUCCCAAAACCAUCUGCUCCAAAACGUAAACCUAAGGAAACUCCGGUUGCCCCAUCUCCUAAAAAUUCCAAGCUUAGCACUAGUUCUAAGGAUUCUGUGUUUGUUAAUCCAUCGUCCAUUCAAUAUUUUGUUGAUGCAACCAAGGUCUCGCACUAUCAGAGAUGGCUUGCUGUGCGUGAAGUGUGGCCUGAAUAUCUUGUUGUUUUAGAAGAUUUUCCUGAAUUAGUUGCCCUUUUACAGAAUAGGCAGUGGGUUAAUACAGUGUCUAAAUUGAUGUCCCCUCAUCCCAUUCUUGUUAGGGAAUUUUAUGCAAAUUUAGAUAAGUCAGUUGUAGAUGGGAAAAAUGAAAAUUGUCUUACUGCAUUUGUUCGGGGUUGUCGUAUCAAAUUUGCACCAUCCACUAUAUCUCGUGCACUUAAGAUUCCUAAAGUUCUGAAACCUGCAUAUAAUAAGUCAUAUCGUCCAGAUCAAUCUACAAUGGGUCAUGUUUUAACUGGCCAGCCUGAUUAUGUGUGGGGGAACCAUGAGAUUCCAGUGACUAAAUUGACUCCCUUCUAUCGGAUUCUGCAUCGUGUGGCUCUCUAUAAUUGGUUUCCCAAUUCUCACCUUUCCUCUAUUACUCUUGAGAUUGGGAAAUGUUUAUAUGAUGUGGGUACCGGCGUCUCAAUUGAUUUGGCCACUCUAAUUUUUGAUCGUAUUGUUGAUGUUGCCUCCUCCACUGGUACUCGUAACAAGUUUCCAUUUCCGAGCCUGAUUCAGCAGAUUAUUCAGUCUGCCAAACCCCUGCUGACCAUUCAUGACUUUCAGGUUCCCAGUCCUAUGUUGAGUAAAGGAUUUCUGGCCACUCUUAAAAGGAAAGUCUCCACUACUGCUCCUUCCUCUUCACAGCAGUCUAAGCCCCAAGCUCCAAUGUUUAGAGGUCUGUCAGAUUCCAGUUGGCAAGUCCAGAUGUAUACUGAGUUCAAGGCAUUUACUACACAGUACAAGAAAGAUCAAAAUAGGCAAAAGGCCUUUGAAGCGUCGGUGUAUAAGCUACUUCAUGUGGUCAAGGAUCUGGGGGAGUUCAAUACUCCAGUUGCAUCUCCUGUGCCUCCAGUUUCAUCUCUAGUGCCUCCGGCUGAUGCAGUGUUAGACCAAUCUGUUGCACCAAUGCUUCAUGAUACCUCUGAUAAAGCUCCUGAUUCGACUGCACCUAUCCAGGGGGAGAAAUAA